AUGGCGGUUCGCGUCAUGAACGGUCGGACGCUAUUCCGCUGCUGCGCGGUGUCGCCGCCGCUCCCCGCCGUUCGGUGCUGCCAGCGCCGCCAUAAGUCCGCUCGGUGCCGCUCCUUGGACCGCCUAUUCAUUUCCCGGCGGAUUCAGUGUCGGCUCGCGUCCUACGGAUAUGGAAUUAUCCCGGUCCGUCAAUACUCAGCCCAGAGCUUGGUGGAUAUGGUGAUGGGGGAGCUCGAGUCGCUGCGCAAGCGUGUCAGAGUUCGCGCCUCGAACAAAUUAGAACUGAAUAUCAGUGAAGAGAUACUUGAAAGUAAGGUUGGAAAACUGGCAUUGAAGAAAGGGUUGCUGCUGGAAUUCCGGAAAGAUCCAGAGAGGUUGCUGCUGGCUGUUGUUGAGAAACCCGAUGGCAAGAAGAAUUGGUUUGUUACAGAUCAGAACGGAAACAUGGCAUCUAUUAAGCCACAACAAAUUACUUUCAUUGUUCCUGGUGUCGAGAACUUUGACCAAACAGAGAUAUCAACCUUUGUUCAGAAAGCUCAAGAUAAUUUGGACCUUGCACUGCUUGAGUUUGCGUGGGUUGAGCUUCUUGAGAAGAACAAGUCUACUACUGUGGAGGAGCUUGCUGAGAUGAUUUUUGGUAGCGCGGAACCUCUUGAGAGCUACUGUGCUCAUCUGUUGCUUACAAAAGAUGAAGUAUACUUCAGUACUCUGGAGACCAAAGGUCCAUAUUCUGUUUAUGGACCUAGAUCAGCUGCUCAGGUUGAAGAGCUCACAAAAAGAAAGCAUGCCAAAGAAGUUGCUGAGAAGGAGUUCGAAGAAUUGGUUAACUUACUGAAAUCUGCCAGGGAUAUGCCUCUGCAUGCAAAACCCCCAAAAUCCACAUGGACUUCUGAUGAGAAAUUACAGAAGACGAUUGAGUCUCUUCAAGCAUAUGCAAUUGAUGAUUGUAGGAAUGAAGAUCAAAAGAAAACUGCUGGGCUGAUUCUGAGGGCUAUGGGACUUGCUAAAACAGCAUCGGCAGCUUUGAAUCUCCUCAUAAAUAUUGGUUAUUUCCCAGUGCACAUAAAUCUUGAUUUAUUGAAGUUAAACAUCCGUACUGGCUUUCCGGAACAGAUUAUUGCAGCUGCAGAAAAUCUUUUGUCCGAGUCGCCUGACAUGGACGAGGUUGAUAGAACAGAUCUUACCCACCUAAAGGUUUAUGCAAUUGAUGUUGAUGAAGCUGAUGAGCUUGAUGAUGCAUUGAGUGCAGUCAGGCUUCAGGAUGGCCGAAUAAAGGUCUGGAUCCAUGUUGCAGAUCCAACUAGAUUACUUCAGCCGGGGUGCAUGAUAGACAAAGAGGCAAUGAAGAGAGGAACUUCUGUGUUUCUACCAACAGCUACUUAUCCAAUGUUCCCCGAGAGAUUAGCCAUGGAAGGCAUGAGUUUGAAGCAAGGGGAGUUCUGCAAAGCUGUCUCGGUUUCUGUUGUACUGCAUUCUGAUGGCUGCAUUGCAGAGUACUCAGUAGAGAACUCUCUGAUCAGGCCAACAUAUAUGUUGACUUAUGAGAGUGCAACAGAACUUCUCUAUCUGAACCUGGAAGAAGAGGCUGAACUAAGACUGCUCUCGGAAGCUGCUGCACUUCGGCUUCAAUGGCGUCAAGAACAGGGUGCUGUAGAUACAUCCACAAUAGAAGCUCGGAUCAAGAUAACCAAUCCGGAUGAUCCAGAGCCCUCGAUCAAGCUCUAUGUGGAAAAUCAGGCGGACCCUGCCAUGCGACUUGUGUCAGAGAUGAUGAUCCUCUGUGGCGAAGUCAUGGCCACUUUUGGUUCUGCAAACAACAUUCCUUUGCCUUACCGGGGUCAACCUCAGUCAAACAUCGACACAUCAGCUUUUUCCCAUCUUCCUGAGGGCCCCGUGAGGAGUUCGGCUGUAGUCAGAAUCAUGAGGGCUGCCGAGAUGGAUUUCAGAAAUCCCAUACGGCACGGGAUCUUGGGACUUCCUGGGUAUGUACAGUUCACGUCCCCCAUCCGGAGAUAUUUGGACCUCCUGGCUCACUAUCAGGUGAAAGCUUUUCUUAGGGGGGAUUCUCUUCCGUUCUCAGCCGGACGGCUUGAGGGUAUAGCAUCCUUGGUCAACGUGAACACUCGUGUAAUAAAGAGGCUCAGCUCCACCAGCCUUCGUUAUUGGAUAAUAGAGUACUUGAGACAGCAACCAAAGCACAAGACAUUUUCCGCUUUGGUCCUCCGUUUCAUCAAAGACCGAGUUGCAGCCAUAUUCUUGAUGGAGGUCGGGUUACAAGCUUCUGUGUGGGUAUCUGGCGGUGUAAAAGUCGGAGAUGAAGUGAAAGUUCGAGUGGAAAAGGCCCAUCCACGAAACGACACAAUUUCUUUUGUAGAGGCUGUGGUGACAUAA